AUGUUGUGUGCCCAGAUCCUGGUCCUGGCGGUGGCCACGGGGCCCUUCCGAGCUGGGGCUGCUCAUGAAGCCUGCAGGACAGCAGAGGUGGCCAAGGUGCUGUUCCUCGUGGGGCAGUCGGAGGGAAGCGCAGGGAAGGAGAGCUCCCGGCUGCUCCAGGAUUUCAUCGGGAGCGUGGCCAGAUCCUUCGAGAGGAUGGGAAGAGGAGGAGUCCAGCUGGGCCUGGCUCUGUAUGGGGAGACACCAAGGAUGAGCGUGGAGCUCACGGAUUACGUGACCAUCAGAGAAAGGCUGGAUGCAGUUCAGGAUCUUUCCUUCAAAGGCAGCAGCCUCCAAACUGGCUCAGCCCUGGCUUUUGCAGCUGAGGCCUUGGCCCACCAGGACACCCUGAGACAGGAGGCAGCAAAGGUGGUGGUUCUGAUCACGGAUGGGAAAUCCAACGAUUCCGUGGAGGAGGGAGCCCGGAUCCUGCAGGAUGGAGGGGUGACAGUGUUUGCUGUGGGGAUUAAGGAUGCUGACAAGAAGGAGUUGGGCAGGAUUGCUUCAGAUCCCACUGCGGAGCACGUGCUUUACGUGGAAGAUUUCCAGCUGCUCCCAGAUGUGGCUCCCAAACUCUCUCGGAGGCUCUGCUUCACCGCCUCGGAGCCACCACGUCCUGUCAAGCAGAGGGUGCAAGCUGAGCAGAUCGUGGGCCCUCGGGAGCUGCGUGUCAGCGAGCCCAGCCACAGCUCCCUGAGGCUCUCGUGGGUGGCAGCCACGGGCAGGGUGACAGGGUACCACGUCCAUGUCCACCCCUCGCUGCCACCGGCGCAGCCGGAGCCGGAGCACCAGCGGCAGAUGGAGGUGGACGGGGACACAACCACGGUGCUGGUGACAGACCUGAAGCCCAGCACCAAAUACGUGCUGACGGUGAGGGCCAGCUAUGGAGGGGCCCUCGGGGAGCCGGCAGCCACCAAAGGGAAAACAGCUCCUGUGCCUCCAGUCACCAAUUUCCGUGUGAUAGAAGAAGGACUUUUCAGCCUGAAGGUGGCUUGGACACCUCCCCUGGGCAAGCUGGAGGGCUACAAGAUCUACAUCCCCAGGGCCAACAAGCCCGGGGUGACCCUCGAGCAGAUCCUGCGGGGCGAUGUCUCUUCCCACCUGCUGGAAAACUUGCAGGAGGACAGGGAAUACAGCAUCAGCAUCUACGCCGUGUAUCCCGAGGGCCCGAGCCAGCCCGUGGCUGCUCUGGGCAGGACACUGAAACUCCUGCCCGUGGAGAACCUCCUGCUGCAGAACGAGACCACGGACACGCUCCAGGCCAGGUGGAGCCCUGUCCGGGGAGCAACGGGAUACAGGCUCACCUGGACAUCAGCAGAGGGCAGCAUCCAGGAUGUGACCCUCGGCAGCUCCUACAGCUACUACAUGAUCCAGGGGCUGGAGCCGGGCAUGGAGCACACGGUGACCAUCAACCCCAUCUUUGGGGACAUCGAGGGACCGGUGGUGACUGGCAAAGCCACCACGGUGGCAUCCAGCACUGUCCAGGUGCUGAAAGUGAGCGAGAUUUCCGUCAACAGCCUCCUGGUGUCCUGGGAUUCAGUCAUGGGAGCCACCGGCUACAGGGUGGCCUGGGGUCCGACACCAGAAUUCCUUGGCAAGGACCGUCCCCGUCACCUGUCCCUCGGCAGGUCGGUGACGUGCCACCAGCUCCGCAGCCUGGCCCCCGACACCGAGUACGUCAUUUCCCUGUCCGUGCUCUUCGGCUCCGGGGAGGGCCCCGGCGUCACCACCUCGGCCAGGACAGCUCCUCUGGGAUCUGUCUCCAACUUCAAGGUGACGUCCCACACCAGCACCAGCCUGUCCUUGGCCUGGAGUGCCACAGCCGCUGCCACCAAAUUCAAACUCAGCUGGAGCCCUGUGGGAGCGGGAAAAGGAAAACAGGUUGCCAGGACUCGGUAUCUGGGCAGCAGAGUGUUGGCUCAUCGCAUUGAACACCUGGUGCCCAACACCCGGUACAGGGUCAGUGUCCGGGCUGUGUUCAGCAGGACCGAGGGGCCCGAGGUGAUCCUGACUCACCUCACAGCUCCUUCAGGAGAUUCCAACCCCAUUCCGCCCAUCCAGGACCUGAGGGUUACCAACGCUGGUGUGAACACUUUGAAGCUGGCUUGGAAAAGGCUUCCUGGGAUAAGUCACUACAGGAUAUCCUGGGAGCCAUCCAAUGGUGACUCGGAAUCCUCCCAGCUGGUCCCAGCAGAGGCCGUUUCCUUCACGAUUCCCAAACUGAAGGACAACACCACCUACGCCAUCUCCGUGUCCGCGGUGGGAGAGGGGCAGGAGGGAAACCCCACGGUGCUCAGGGCCAAAACCUUGGAUCUGCCCAAAGUGACGGAAUUCACCCUGCAGGAGGCCACAGAUUCCAGCGUUUUGUUAUCCUGGAAUGCUGUUCCUGGAGCAUCCCUGUAUUUGCUGGCGUGGGGAUUGUCCUCAGCUCCUGCUCUUUCCCAGGAAUUGUUACCGGCAGCUUCCCGAUCCUAUCGAGUGACAGGGCUGAGCUCCAAGGAAAUUUAUUUGUUUUCCAUAAAACCGAUGUUUGGAGACUCAGAAGGACCAGAGACAACACUCCUUGGACAAACAGCAGGAGCUCCCAGGGAGGCACCAACUGCUCCAGCAGCUCCUGCGCCAUUGGACAUGAGGAAAUCUCCAUCCGGAUCUCCCAGCAGUGCAGGGAUCUCUCCUCUCCCAGUGCCCACCAGUACAAAACUCCCAGAGCCCCCAGUUGGGGCCAGCACGGUGUCGGUGCUGCUGACAACCCUGCCUGGGCCAAUUUGUGGGAAGCUCAAGGCAGACGUUGGGUUCCUGGUGGAUGAAUCCUCGAGUAUCGGCCAGAGCAACUUCAACAAAGUGAAGGAUUUCCUCUUCCGGAUCGUCUCCUUCUUCCCCAAAAUUGGGCCUGAAGGGACACAGGUUGCUGUUGCUCAGUACAGCGAGGAGCCCAGGGCAGCUUUUCACUUCAGCCAACACCGCAGCCGCAACGGAGCCCUCGGAGCCAUCAGAGGGCUGAGCUACAGCGGCGGCAGCACCAAAACAGGCCACGCCAUAUCCUACGUGCUAAAGGAAUUAUUCCAGCCGUCCAGAGGGAUGAGACCUGGCUUUCCUCACAUCCUGGUGCUCGUGACCAACGGACAAUCCCAGGAUGACGUGGUGGCCCCAGCAAGAGCCGCCCAUGCCUUGGGGCUCCGUGUCAUUGCUGUGGGGGUGUCAGGAGCUGACCCCAUGGAGCUCCACAGGAUCUUGCUGCAGCAGAACCCCCAGAACGUUUUCUACAUCAGCACCUUCCAUGACUUCCCCCAAAUCCUCCAAGAACUCCUAGAAGCCAUUUGUUCUGAUCCUCACCUUCCAGGAGCCCAAAUCCCACUGGGAAAGGGCUCAGCUGCUCACAGGGGUUGUGACCCCCACGCCACGAAGGGAGAGAAAGGGGAGCGGGGUCUCUCUGGGAAGGACGGCAUUCCUGGGCUGCCGGGCCGGCCGGGUCCUCCAGGCCCCCCUGGAAUCAUGGGGCUCCCUGGCAGCCAAGGUGACGUUGGAUCUCCGGGCUAUCCAGGACCCGCAGGGCCGAAAGGAGACAGAGGAGAGCCAGGCUAUGUCCUGGGAGGAGUGGAGGUGAUUCCUGGCCGGAAUGGGGAGCCUGGCCCCCCUGGGCAGAAGGGGCAGCCGGGGGUUCCUGGGGUUCCAGGACCGCCAGGUUCUCCAGGGCCACCAGGAAUCUCCAUCAAGGGUGAACCGGGGGAUCCGGGAAUCAGGGGUCCCCGUGGGAGGAGUGGCCUCAAAGGUGACAGAGGAGAUGCGGGAGAGCCGGGAAAACCUGGUUUGCCAGGCCCUGUGGGGCUCCAUGGGGCUCCUGGACUGCCUGGACCACAGGGAGAAAAGGGAAUGGCAGGAAUUGGCAUUCCUGGCACUGCUGGCAUGAAGGGGGAAGAAGGAGAGCAGGGAAUGAUGGGACCUCCAGGAGCACCAGGACAAAAGGGAAUUCCAGGACCUCCGGGGCAGAAGGGAGACCAAAUUUCGGGACCUCCAGGCAAGAAAGGUGUCAGGGGAGAUCCUGGACCAGCUGGACCACGAGGAGACAAAGGAAUCCCAGGAGAAAAGGGGGAGAAGGGAAGUCCAGGAUUUGGAAUUCCUGGCCAGCCUGGGCUAAAGGGAGACAUCGGCGACAGGGGAAAUGUGGGAUUGUCUGGGAAGCCAGGUCAGAAGGGGGACAGAGGUGAACCAGGAUUCCCUGGAAAACCAGGAGAGGCCGGGCUGAGAGGAAAAGAUGGAGAAGCUGGAGUCCCUGGAGAGCCGGGAGUGAGAGGAAUCAGGGGUCCUCCUGGACUGCCAGGACGAGCGGGAGAGCCGGGACUGAAAGGAGAUCCAGGAGAACCUGGGAAGGACGGACAUCCGGGGACGGACGGCCUGAGAGGUGAAAGAGGCCCCCCAGGCCCAAAGGGAGAACCUGGCCCACCAGGAAGAGGAGUGGAAAUGAAGGACCUGGAGAGGCUUUUUGAAGCGUACGGGAUCAAGCUGGCGCUGCUGAGGGACCUCUCCGAGGCGAUCCUGCGGGACGGGCUGGACGGGCUCCUCUGGCACCAGGGUGGCUCCAGGACGAGCAGAACUUCCAUGGAAAACCAGGCGGCCGUGCCUGUCACCGAUCCACUGGUGUCCCACACUUCCCACCGUGUCCUGGCCAGCGCCGAGGUGGCAGGAGAAGGACAGAGCCUGGAGCUGCUGGAGACUCCAGGGGUGCCACUGUCUGGAGGAAUCCCUGAGAGCUUGGCUGUGCCCCCACCACAUCCAGGAGAUCUGCAGGAAAACCAUUCCCUGGAUCUCCUGCAGCCCUUGGAGGAGAGGCUGGAAGGACAAACCCAGCAGGACACCAGCCAGGAAAAUUGGAAUUCCGACCACGGCUCCGCGAUCCCGAGGCACCGAUCCAGGAGAUCUCACCCUGUAAGGAUCCCAUUCCAGAGCCAUCCCCGUGAUCCAGGGGGAAGCAGGGCCCCUUCCCUGCAGGCUCCACCACCAGCUCAUCCCCCUGGUGCUCCAGGAGCCCGGAAAUUCCCGUUGGGAUCCACGGUGAGCAAUGGAAAAAUUUUUCCAGCUGCUCUCACACUUCCCUCUCCUCUUUUUGAAUCCAAGGCACAUCCAGGCCCUCAUCAUCCGAGGAGAAUUAAGAAGGAGGGAAGUGGCCCAGCAGAUCCCUCCUCCCCUGGCCCAAAGGGAGAAAUGGGAGCUCCUGGAUCCCGUGGAGACAAAGGAGAAAAGGGACAGCCUGGGGACGUGGGAGAACCUGGAGAGAAGGGCACCAAAGGAGACCAAGGGGAAGAAGGUCAGAAGGGAGAACCAGGAAUUGGGUUCAGAGGUCCCAUUGGCCAGGCUGGAGCACCUGGAUUCAAGGGCGAGCCAGGGGCCCCGGGACCUCCAGGAGCUCAGGGCAUCCAAGGAAUCCGCGGCAACGCCGGCACUCCCGGAUCCCAGGGGGACAGAGGGGCUCCAGGUGUGCCCGGAAUUCCGGGACAGAAGGGAGAACGGGGGAGGAGAGGCCGGAGUGGAUCUCCUGGGCCCGUGGGACCAUCGGGAUCCCCCGGAAAAGAGGGAAUUCCUGGGACACCUGGACCCAAAGGCAACAAGGGAGAAGCCGGCGUUGGAGCCACAGGUCCGAGAGGUCCCCAUGGAUUUCCUGGCCCUCGGAAAUUCCUGAAGGGUUUCAGGCAGCAAAAUUCCUUUUUCAUCCUAUCCCUGAGGAGUUUUGGCCUCAUUCCAGCAAAGACAAAUGGAUGGUUUGUGGGUUUGGGAUUCCCUGUGUGCCUCACUCCUUUGCUGUCCCUGCCCCUCUGCGUCCCCCAGGGUGACGAGGGCAUCGUGGGAAUGCGGGGUCCCCCUGGAAUGAUGGGUCCAAAAGGCUUCCCAGGCGUGAAAGGCCAAAGAGGUGAUCGGGGACUUCUGGGACCAAAGGGAGAACGAGGUGAAUCCACGACAAUUUUUGGACGCCAGGGCUACAAAGGCACCAAAGGAGAUCCCGGUGAGCAGGGGCUGCCAGGCUUUGAUGGAGACAAAGGCGAGAAGGGAGAGGACGGACCCGUAGGAGAAAAGGGAAUCAAAGGAGAAGCUGGAUCCAAGGGAAUGAUGGGACUUUUCGGGAGCAGAGGACCCGUGGGACAGAAGGGGGAACCAGGAGAACCGAGCUCGCCGGGAUCUUCCGGUGCAGCAGGACUGGAUGGGAAGAACGGGAUCAAGGGAGCCAAAGGAGACAGAGGCCUUCAGGGACAGAAGGGGAAGCCGGGAGGGAAAGGUGACCCUGGGACCACUGGUGACACCGGGCAGAAAGGGACAAAGGGCUUGCGGGGGCUUCCAGGCCGGAUCGGCGUUCCCGGAGCCAAAGGUGCCAAGGGAGAGGUUGGCAGUCCUGGAAAACCGGGAAUUCCGGGAUCCAAUGGACAGCGUGGACCAAAGGGCGAGCCAGGAGCCUCGGGGAGCGACGGCGCCUUGGGAAUUCCUGGGGAGAAAGGAGAAAAGGGAGCCAAGGGAGUUCCAGGACUGGGAGGAUUCAAGGGACAAGCGGGAUGGCCGGGGAAGCCUGGAGGGGCCGGAGCAGCUGGACCUCGAGGGCCACAGGGAGAGCCAGGCCCACAGGGUCCACCAGGGAAAAGAGGGAGAUCCCAGCUCUGCCUCCAGGGACCCCCGGGCAUGGAUGGGCCAAAAGGAGAAGUGGGGGAAGAUGGUCCUGCCGGGCAGAAAGGAGCCAAGGGAGAGCCGGGCCUUUCCGAGGAAGAGGUGAAGGAAGUGCUGAGGAGCGAAAUGAGAGGGAUUUGUGGCUGUGGAGGUGAGUUGGGAAAGAUGUCCAUGGAAAAAGGUCUGGAGGUGGCUGAAGUCCACAGGCGGCUCCAAGGGUAUUCCCAGCCUCGGGAAUACGCCAGGAAUGGUGGAAAUUGGGAAGAAAAGCUUGGCACAACUCACGGCCAGGCCACGGUGAAGCCCUUCAUGGAGCCACCUCCACUCCUUGCAGCCCCGGCGCAGCAGACGGCGGGAGCCUCUCAGGGAGAAGCCGACAGCCAAUUACCAGCCCGGUGCCUGCAGCCCAUGGAUGAGGGCUCCUGCCAGCACCAUUCCCUGCUCUGGUACUUCCAUGUCCCCACCAACUCCUGCCGGCCCUUCCUCUUCGGGGGCUGCCGAGGGAACAGCAACCGCUUCCCAUCCCGGCGGGAAUGCCAACGCCGCUGCCAGAGCCCCCCAGGCAGAGGGAGAGGAGCAGCUCCAAGAGCUUCAGUUUAAAUCCCACGGGAUUGGGAGGAGUGACUCCAACACCUCCGGGUUGGACAAGGAAAACAAGCACCAAGACUAUGGAAAAAAAGACGUCAGGAAACUGGAAUUCUGGACAUUAUGGGAUGAGGAGAGGGAAAGCUCUGGAUGCUCAGGAAAAGGAGGAUGGGAAGGGCAGAAUUCCUGAGCCAAACCAGGCAGCACAAAUUCCCGGGUUUUAU